CAUGCGCCGCUUGCCACACAUGUCGAAAUCCGUGUGAAAUUUAGUUUUAUUUUAGAAGUGCGAUCUAAAGUUCUUCUGUUUAUUGAUCACGAGAUUGUUGAUUUAGAUUAUCUGACUAUAUUGUUUCGUAUAAAGUAAUCUAGUUUCUAAUUAUAUUAUAAAAUGCCUAAGAAUAAGGGAAAGGGAGGAAAGAAUAGGAGAAGAGGAAAGAAUGAAAAUGAAAAAGAAAAGCGAGAAUUGGUAUUUAAAGAGGAUGGACAAGAGUAUGCUCAAGUCACCAAAAUGUUAGGAAAUGGACGAUUAGAGGCAAUGUGUUUUGAUGGCAAUAAAAGACUUUGUCAUAUUCGAGGAAAGUUAAGGAAGAAGGUGUGGAUAAACACGGGUGAUAUCAUAUUACUGGGUCUUCGAGACUAUCAAGACACAAAAGCAGAUGUCAUAUUGAAAUUCACCCCUGAUGAAGCCAGAAACUUAAAGGCGUAUGGAGAACUUCCUGAAUCUACCAAAAUCAAUGAGAACCAAUGGGAGCCUGAUCCAGAUGACCAUAUUACCUUUGAUGAUUUUGAUGGAGAUGAUGAUGAAAUUGAUGACAUCUAAGGAAUGUGUUUAAUGGAGAAAUAAGGUUUAGAACUUAAAUAAAUGGACAAAUUUGUGGAACAUUGUUUACAUUACCUGAAGUCCAACGUGAAACAUCUUCAAUAUAAAAUAUUGAAGUAAAUGAAAGAAAUACGUGUUUCAAUAAACACAAAAUAAAUUGUAAACAAUGAAAGAUAAAUAUUCUGAAUUUUUCAGUAUUUGUUACAAACUGAUAUUAAUAAUUUUUUGAAAAAUAUGGUAAAAAAACAUUCACACAAAACAAAACAGUUUUUGAAGUAGAAAAUUCAGUAGUAAAAGCGAAAUAUUGCAAUUUUAAAAAUUAUUUUUAUGAAUCAUUAACAAUUUCUGAUUAUUAUAUUGAUAUAUAAAAUUCAUUUUUGGUAAAUUUUUUCUUUUUUUUUGGGUUGUAAAUGUAGGGUUAUUUUAUUUUGUUACUCUUUAAUAUUUGUUUAAUAAUGUUGGAUCUAUUUCAUAUUAGUAAUUAUAAUUAUUGAUUAAUAUUGUGUGUGAAUGGUGUUUCAAUUUUAUUCCUGUUUAUUUAAGCCCCAUGUAUAUAGACCUAUUGGGGGGGAUGUCAUAUAGUUCAAAUUUUUCAUUACAUAUUUUAAGAAUACGGUUUUGGUUUUAGUAAUGAAAAAUAUUGACUUUCUUUGGAAAAAUACCCCAAGAAAUUUAAAAAAAUUGCUACAAUCGGAAAAUGGUUGAAUUAAAAAUAUUAAAGCAUUGUUUAAUUUUCAGAAGUUGAAUCGUAAUAUGGGAUCACCGAAGCUAUUUAUCUUUUCUUAUUGUAUAAUUUACGUUAUUGCUGAGAUUUUAUAACCUCAUAAAAUAUUAUAUUGUCUUUCUUGUGUAUGAUCGUUGUUAUUAUAGAGCUAAUCUGUCCAGACAUUUAUUCAAACAAAAUUGCUUAUGAUCCAUACUUAAAUAGAUGAAAUCAUAUUAUUAGUAAUCUGAUUUAAUGUAUUAAAAUAGUCUGUUUAUAGACACAUAAUCACAUCAAGCUUAUUAGAGUCAAUUAUGAACCAUAUCUAGAUAUGGAUAAUGGACUUUACUAGUUCUUCAUUCUUGAAUGUGACUUGUUAAAUGUCAACAUUUUCAGGAAUCGUUAGACAGUUGAUAUAGAAUUGCAGCAUACUCACGCCCUUCUGUUAGUGGGGAAACACUACAUAUUGCUGUCCUGGUCAUGAUUCCAGUCCAAUAUUGUAUCAUUUGUAUUUUACCAAAAGGGGGGUGGGGGGUGACCGAAUGGUCUAACACAUGCGCUUUAGAUCAUAAGGUCUGUCAUUGAGUCAAGCGACAUGGUUUCGAUACAAGCUUCUACGUUACAAGGAGUAGGAUCGCCUGUCCAACCUAGUUUCUUCCCACUGCUAAAGAUGCCUAUGCGCAAGUGAAUUAAUGAAAUAAAAUUGAACCAAAUGUUCACUUUUUUUUUUUUUUUUGGAUUAAACUGAAGUUUAUGAACACAUAGUCAGUUAUAUCUCAGUAUUGGAUUUAUCUACAGACAUACAAUUUUGAACAUAUUGUUAUUUCAAAACUAUAUAUAAUCAAAAGUGAUAAUUUUAUUUUGAACCAAGUCAAUGAGGGAGUGCUAAUUUGAGUUAAUUUAACCAGAAGACUUGUAAAACUACCUGUUUUUGUUGUAAUAAAAAAACAUGAGAAAAAAAAAGAAAAAAAAGAGAAAUUAUAAAUGACAUACAUACAUGUAUAUAUAGCGUAACAUUUGAACUGGUAAUCUUGUGCUGUUUUCUUGGUCAUUAUAUUCUUAAAUGGAUUUUUUUCUGAUUCAAUAUAAAAUAAAAUAAAACAAAUUUGGUAGAAUUUAAAA